AUGAUAGGCAAGUAAAGGUGACUAUUUAUACUCCUAGCUGGGCAAACUGCUCUGGAUUCCUUGGGACACAGAGCUUCCUCUCUGCCAGAAGCCAUGAAUCUCCUGAUGUUGACUUUCAUUAUAUGUGGGUCCCUAAAUCUGGUGACCAAAGCUGGCUGGGAAACUGAAAGAUGUUGGAAGGAUAAUAUAGGACACUGCAGAAAACGAUGCUUUCAUGUUGAGAGGUACAAGCUUCUUUGUAUGAACAAGCUAAUAUGCUGCAUUCCUAUAAAAGAUGAUCAUGGAUACACAAAAAUGCCACCACGUCUUGAACCCAUUAAAGAAGAGAUAACUACUGAUGUCAGUACUUGGGAUUUUUUGUUGAAUUCCCCUGUAUCUUGGUUAAAUGAUGAGUUCACAGAUGAAUCAAGCAAUACCAGAGAAAGAAGAAGAAUUGAGACCUAACAAGUUUCUUCCUAAGCUUUGGCCCAUCCUCUUGAGACCACUAACAGUACAACUAAUUACCAUUUCAUCUGGGUAUGAGACACUAGAAAUAAGCACUGGGAAUAAUAUCCAGGGAACUCAUUCUAUUGAUGUUAUUUCACCAGAGACAAUUCUAUUAGGAAUUGGAUGGCAUGCAUAUGGACAUAAUUCUACUGCCAAGAUAUGCGCUAAGGUUUACCCUAGAAAUGUGUAAAGGGCAGUGCAUAGAAGCCACAAGGGUUCCCUUUAUUGGGCUGAUAUUCCUUAUUUGUCUUCCUGUGAUGUAUUAAAAUAUAGUGGUUUCAAGAGAA